CAUUGGAGUACCGUGCUAAAUCCCAGCGAGCUCCGGUAUUCACUCUGCUGCGCGUGCAGGCGCUCACCACUUCGGGGAAAUAGGCUUAUUUUUGAAAGAGCUCGAGCACUGUGUCGGUUGUAAAAGCCAUUCGUUUCUGUUGUCUCGGAAAUGCAACAUGCGGCAAUAGUAAAUAGAGUGCUAUUAAUUCGUUUUUAUAAAAACGUUUCCAAACGCAUAUUUAUGUUCGAUUUGAAGCAGAAUUGUUAAUGAUUUUUGAUGAUUUCUUUCAUACGUGCAUAAAAGGAUUUACACAUGCAAUGUUGGAAUGCGGAGGAUUCCUCUGACAGUUCUCAGCGCGAGGGAUACGUGAUGAAGCUUUGAUCGGUAAACAUCCACUUGUUUUUGUGUCGGGAUGUUACCAAUAUUUACACGUUAUAUACACGAAUUGUGAACAAAUGCAAAGAUAAAGAAUAAUUGCAAAUACCAAGCGCGAGUUUUUUUUUGAACGACAGGUGAGGGUGUACUGCAUGCUGCCAAUUCUGAAUGGUUGACGUAGACAACAUCGCAUUUUCAUUUGAUUCAUUCAACUUUUUGAUCCGAGGUGCCACCUUUAUUUCCGUAUCAUGUAUUCACAUUUCAAUACAAUUCCGCAAUUGAGACUCGGUUAGUUUAGCCUAAACAUCCAGUUUACUGCCCUGUUAUAUCUGACCGAGGAGAAAGCACAGACCGCGCUGGGAGACAUGGCUAAAAACCUGUCGGAGGGACCCAAGGAGCCAGACCUGAAUCAGCUACCGGAUGAAGAGCUGCUGCGAUGCGGCAAGGAGGAGCUGGUCAAGCGCCUACGGAGGCUGGACAACGAGAAGAUGAACCUAAUGAUCGACCACGGCAACAUGAUGAAAGACGUUAACCGGAGGCUGCAGGUCCACCUGCACGAGAUCCGCAACCUGAAGGAGAUCAACCAGAAGCUCCAGGACGACAACAACGAGCUGCGCGAGCUCUGCUGCUUCCUGGAUGACGACCGGCAGAAGGGCAAGAAGCUGUCCCGGGAGUGGCAGCGGUUUGGCCGGUACUCCGCAAGUGCCAUGUGGAAGGAGGUGGGCACCUACCAGCUAAAGCUCAAAGAGCUCGAGACCAACCAGGAGAGGGUGGUGCAGGAGAACAUGGACCUGAAGGAGAUCAUCCUCAUGCUGGAUGAGGAGAGGAACGGAGUCGGUUCCCGGAGCUCCAUAGACUCCCAGUCCAGCCUCACCAACCUGCAUGGCGGGACAGGGACAGUUCGGGAUGUCGGGGAUGGCAGUAGUACCUCCAGCACUGGGAGCGCAGGUAGCCCUGACCACCACCACAACCACAACCACAUACACAAGCUGCCCGCGGAAAGGGAGGGCAAGCUGGGAGGCACCUUCCAGAGGAGGUCCAUGGAUGACCUGUCAGCACCACACCAUCACAGGAGCAUCCCAAAUGGACUCUGUGACUCCUCCUCCUCUAACUACAUCAGAGAGCUGGAGAUCAAGAUGAGGAUAUUGGAAGACGACAACAACAAGCUUUUAACUCAGCAGCAGUGUAACCCAGGGGACCUGCGUGGCCUGAGGAAGGGGAUGACCCUGUACCACUCUGAGUCUCAGCUGUCAUCCCUGCCACGACGCCAAGAUGCACUGCACAACGGCACGGUUGGUCGCCUCCCCACCAGUGAGUCAACCCCGGUAACAGGCUACCUGCCCUGUGUUCAGAAACCAGAGUCUGUGGUCCACGCUAUGAAGGUGUUGGAGGUGCAUGAGAACCUGGAUAAGAAGCAGGGCCCAGAGGACUACGAGGAGGAUCUGAGUGAGAAGGAGAAGGCCAUCGUCAGAGAGAUGUGUAAUGUGGUGUGGAGAAAGCUGGGUGACGCAGCAGGAGCUAAGCCGUCCAUCAGACAGCAUCUCUCUGGCAACCAUUUCAAAGGCCCUCUGUAGACCACAGCAACCAGAGAGGAAGACUAACUAUGCUCACCUGACACCACCUCCACUCCUACUGCUUACACUACUCAUAACACCCUGCUCCCACUACAGUUCCCAUCAACCACUAUUCCCCUGGGAUAUGGCUUUUGUCCAGAUGGGAUGCAGCUUUUGUCAAAAUGGGCUUUUUGUAGCAGGAUAGAACCUCCGCAGCAGGAUAAUUUAACGUAGCAUGUUAGGAGAAUUACGUUUAGGUUAGCUAAAAUUGCAACAAAUCCACUUUUGGCGUUAAUUUGACAAACUGUAUCCCUUCUAGAUAUGACCUGGACAUUAAACGACCCAGGAAAGACACAGAAUGGAUAUCUGUCUCUCACCUCGCCAACUCCCCAUACAUACAUUUAUUAUGAACUUCCAGUGUUGAUAACUGGCAGCUACUUUCACUGAUUUGCCAUGUUCCUCGUAUUAUUGAUUUGGGGAGAGACAGUUUACAUAGAUACAUACAAGAUGAUUUCAUCAUCUUCUCCUGGGCCUGGUUUCCCGAUAGAGAUGGAACUUCGGCUUACGACUGUUUCAACCAUGUGUCUUUCCUACAAAGGCCCAAGAUGUAACAUGUGUCUUUCCUACAAAGGCCCAAGAUGUAACAUGUGUCUUCCCUACAAAGGCCCAAGAUGUAACAUGUGUCUUCCCUACAAAGGCCCAAGAUGUAACAUGUGUCUUUCCUACAAAGGCCCAAGAUGUAACAUGUGUCUUUCCUACAAAGGCCCAAGAUGUAACAUGUGUCUUUCCUACAAAGGCCCAAGAUGUAACAUGUGUCUUCCCUACAAAGGCCCAAUAUGUAACAUGUGUCUUCCCUACAAAGGCCCAAGAUGUAACAUGUGUCUUCCCUACAAAGGCCCAAGAUGUAACAUUUCUUCCCUACAAAGGCCCAAGAUGUAACAUGUGUCUUUCCUACAAAGGCCCAAGAUGUAACAUGUGUCUUCCCUACAAAGGCCCAAGAUGUAACAUGUGUCUUCCCUACAAAGGCCCAAGAUGUAACAUGUCUUCCCUACAAAGGCCCAAUAUGUAACAUGUGUCUUCCCUACAAAGGCCCAAGAUGUAACAUGUGUUUCCCAAAACGCCACACAGAGAGAACAUUCGCUAAGUGCCUUCGUUGGAGCAUGUUUCACACGGCGGUAGGAUCGAACGAAAGGAUCGAACGGCGGUAGGAUCGCUGCUCUCGGAUCAGCUUUCUUCCAUUCAAAUCUUACCUUAACAUUGGAAUUAUUCCACAAUACUGACGAUGGAUCAGCUACCUAGAGAGAUAUUAUCACCUACGGCUGCAAAUAUUGAGGCGGCUUAAUCUAAUGCCUACCCUAUAACAAGGAGCUUUAUCAAGAUGUGGAACGUCACUGUGCACAUGUUAGGCUACACAUCAUUAAAUAGGAGGCAAAAAUUGCAGACAGGAGCCAAAUAGUAAAAUAAAAACAAAAUUGAAUGAACAUGAAAUUGCUUUCAGUAUCGUCGAAAUACGAUCUGUAGGUAGGAUAUUUAUCUUUUAAUGCUGUCGUCUCAUUUCAUUGGAAGCAUAUUUUUUCCUUCACUUGUUUGUAUGAAUUGCAGAGACAUUGGCAACUUUUGUAUUUGUACUCAACAUCGUUCUGAAGUUUUCGGCGGUCACAGAGAGACGGAUAAACAUCUUCUUGAUUCUUUGUUUAGCGGAGGUUUUCUGUGUAUAAAGUGACGCGGUAGGUAUCUAACGACGUCCUUUGCUGUUCACACGCCGAGGCAUUCGGACGCAGUCAGUAAAUAACAAGCGUUUUUCAAGUACAAUUUUAGUAACGUUGGUUUUGGGAAACAGCUCUUGAGAUGCUCCUACGAAGUUACUAACGAUGAAAUGAGUCUUUAGAUGCUCUUGGGAACCUGGCCCCUUUUGUUUUGUUUUAUGCUGAAUAGAAACCCAGAUGAGCUCUGGGUAAGAGCUCAUCUGAAGUAAGAAGUCCCCUAGAAUAGGACCAGUGUCACUUUAAACCAGUAGAGCUGCAUGGUUACUAUAACAGGGCUUCAGGUAGAGCUGCAUGGUUUCUAUAACAGGGCUUCAGGUAGAGCUGCAUGGUUACUAUAGCAGGGCUUCAGGUAGAGCUGCAUGGUUACUAUAGCAGGGCUUCAGG